AUGAGGGGCCUGCUUACUGCUGUCUCUCUGGUCAUCAUCUGCCAGGACUUUGUCAACGGCAAUGAAUGGUUGCAAAUAUUUGCUACCUUGAACGGGACCGGACAGACGACCAUUGACGCCUGGAGUGCCGGCCCUGGUGUCAGCGUCUUACACGACAAGAACCCGCUUGUUGAGCAGUGGGGAUCGCUUGACAUCAAACAGGUGAAGAUCGUACUUGAGAGCUCCAGCGGAGAUGUCGAGUUGAUCUUUAACGGAGAAAACACGGACAAGUUCAGCUGGUUUUCCCAGUCUCGUCUGCUCUCAUCUCCGUGGGACGACAUCCAAACUCAGCCUAAAAACUACUUCUCCAUUGUAGGAGACUCUGACAACGAACGGUAA